ACUAGAAGAGAAGCCGACCCAGAAGAGGAUCGUGGAGGUUAAAGUUUGGUCCAAGUUUUAGUUGUUCGUAGCGCCACACACACAAAGUGAGAGAAUAAGGUUGUUCGAAAACAGUGAAAGAGUGCAACUAAAGUUUCUCAGAGUCCUCGUCCUCGUCCUACGUUAUUUUGACAUGGCCGUAGAUGUGUUUCCAUGGACAAAAUCAAAACCCAGAAACACACAACCUCGUUCCGUUGCUGGAACAAGAAAACACAAAUGUGGACAAGCACACGCAAAUUUGUCAACGCACACAAGGGAAGGAAGUUUCCCAAACAUGGCUUUCAGCCUAUGUUUACGCUCCCCAAUCAUUUCUCUCCUUCUACAUUUCCUCCUUGUCGUAUCUACCCUUUGUCCUGUUCAUUCAUCGCAAUUCGGUAACCACCCAGUUGCCAAUCAAACUUUUCGGCCAAAGGAAGAGUUGCGCAAGUUGAACGCCGUAAGAGCUCGGCUUCAGCAAAUCAACAAACCUCCUGUUAAGACAAUUCAGAGUCCUGAUGGAGAUAUAAUAGACUGUGUUAUGUCUCAUAAGCAACCAGCCUUCGAUCAUCCCCUACUGAAAGGACAGAAACCAUUGGAUGCCCCAGAAAGACCGAGAGGGCAUAACCAAAUGGAUGAUGAUCUGAGUGAGAAGUUUCAGUUGUGGAGCUUGUCUGGUGAGUGGUGUCCGGAAGGGACAAUUCCGAUAAGAAGGACAAGGGAAGAGGAUAUUUUAAGAGCUAGCUCUGUUGGCAGAUUUGGAAUGAAAAAAACACUGAACCGUGUCAGAAGGGACACCAGCGGCAAUGGACAUGAGCAUGCAAUUGGGUAUGUGACAGGGGAUACGUACUACGGAGCAAAGGCUAGCAUAAACGUGUGGGCACCCGUUGUGGAAAACCCAUCUGAAUUCAGCCUGUCUCAAAUGUGGGUCAUUUCUGGUUCAUUUGGGGAUGAUCUAAACACCAUUGAAGCUGGUUGGCAGGUCAGCCCGGGGCUAUAUGGGGACAGGUACCCUAGAUUCUUUACUUAUUGGACGACCGAUGCAUACCAAGCAACUGGGUGUUACAAUUUACUCUGUUCAGGCUUUGUUCAGACCAACAGUAAAAUUGCAAUUGGAGCAGCAAUCUCUCCAACUUCUUCAUACCAAGGUGGCCAAUUUGAUAUUAGCUUACUCAUUUGGAAGGAUCCAAAGCAUGGGAACUGGUGGCUUGAAUUUGGAGGAGGGAGCCUAGUUGGGUACUGGCCAUCGUCGUUGUUCAGCCAUUUAAGGGAUCAUGCGAGCAUGAUUCACUUUGGUGGAGAAAUAGUGAAUUCGGGGUUAUCGGGGUCUCACACUUCCACUCAAAUGGGUAGUGGGCAUUUUGCAGAGGAGGGUUUUGGAAAAGCUUCAUAUUUCAGGAAUAUGCAAGUUGUGGAUUGGGACAACAGCUUGAUUCCCUUGUCGAAUCUAAAGGUUCUAGCAGAUCACCCCAAUUGCUACCACAUACAAGGAGGGUUUAAUAAAGCAUGGGGGAAUUAUUUUUACUAUGGUGGACCUGGAAGAAAUGUAAAGUGUCCCUAAGGGAAUCAUAGAGAAUCAUCAAUAGGUAGAGAGAUCAACCCUUUACUUUCUUUUCUCUUUAAUUUCUUUUUCCCAUUUCUCGGUUUUCUUUUCCUCGUAGCUUUUCUUAUUUAUCCAUUCAAACACACCUGUUCCACCACGACUCUUUGUAUAUCUUCAAACACAAAUAAUAUACACAUAUAUAUACUGCCUUUCUUGCCA